AUGGCCGGCGGAGCAUACUCGCAACUCUCACUUGUGCCCCCCUUCCCCGUAAUCGGGGAUACCAACGAUCGUGAAGCGGGGACAAGAAUACCUCUUCGGCUGCGGCAAGGGGAGCUCGCUGAGAUAACUACCCAGCCGUGGAUAUCUGCAACACGGAGCCGUCGCCGCCUGGACAGGACCAUCGCGGCAGACAUAUCCGUCGUCGGCCUCGAGUUCGACUACCCCUUCUACGAAACAGCCUCCAACUUCUCCUCGUCUCUUGCCCCGGGGGAACUCCUCAAGCUCCAGCCCCUCGACCCCCGGAACCUCACCAUCAACGGCGGCGCAACCGUCUUCCGCAUCCAAUACACAUCCCUCGACUACGACGGCUCCGUCGUCCCCGCCACGGGAUUCAUCGCCUUCCCCUACACGCCGCGCUACUCCUUUGCCCAGGACCUUUGGUCGGCGUCAAACACCUCCACCCGGAAGUACAGGCUGGCCGCCUUUGCCCAUGGCACGAUUGGCAUCUCCCCCGGCUGCGCGCCGUCCAACGGGCCUGCGCUGUACGACUAUUCCACCUGGCAGCCCGUCCUGGAAAGGGGCUACGCCAUCGUUGCCACCGACUACGCCGGCCUGGGGAACAACUACACCAGUCACAAGUACCUCAGUCUUCCCGCGCAGGCAAGCGACGUGACGUACCUCGGCAGCGUGGCCAUUGCCCCGGCGACGUACUUCAUCAGACAGCUCGUGGAUAGCCUCUUGGCGGCGAAUUGCACGUCCUUGGGUGCGCAAAAGGCCACCGGCGCCGGGUUCUUACCGGAGUCGAUGCUGUCGCCAGUCUUGCGGAACAGGACGCAGCUGGCAGUCGAGGCGCAGCUAUGUCUGGAAUCUGUGAUUGGGAUCAGUGUAGACCUGGACGCUAGCCAGCUCGUCUCGGUGACAGGCGCUGAAAAGGAUAUUCCUACGCUGCUGAGGUGGGAGAAGAUGGUGGCUCCGGCACAGGGGGAUCCGAGUCCGGCACCGGUUUUUGUUGUCCAGGGACAGAAUGAUACGGCUGUGUCGUGGAAAACGACAGCCCAGGCAUGGAAUUCUUCGUGUCAUGACGGUAAUGAGCUGCACCUGAGACUGUUUCCUACGCAGGGCCAUCGGCCGAGUUUGACCGCUGGUGCGGCCGAGUCGUUGGCCUGGAUGGACCAUCGGUUUGAGGGCAAGGAGAACAAGAGGUCCAAGAGCAAGUGUACCAAGAUCACAAGGAUGCCAUUUAACUUGCAGUAUGUCAAGGCUGCUACUGAUGUAGACUUGAAGCCGUUUCUCAAAUAG